AUGAUGCCUGCUCAUGGCCUCAUCAUCUCUCUCAUUUUUGUGUCGAUUUUAGCCAAUGAGGCAAGCUUGGUCCAAGAGUCAAAUGGGUCAUUUCCAAUGGUGCCCUUGGUGGAGGCUGGGAAGAUGGAAAUGAUGAUGAUGAAUGAGAGCAGAAGGAAACUUGGAAGCUUCCAGAUAUGUGCCUUGUGCACCUGCUGUGGUGGAGCAAAAGGGGUUUGCUUGCCCUCUCCUUGUUGCUACGCCAUCAAUUGCAACAUUCCUCAUAGACCUUUUGGCUUCUGUUCAUUCACACCCAAGACCUGUAAUUGCUUUGGAUGCCAUCUUUAG